AUGAGGAAUUUGUGCAAAGAGAUCAAUAAACAAUUGAUUGCAGUUAAGAUGAAUUACUUUUUCCAAUUCUGUGUUAUCUCGGCUUUAUUCGUCUAUAUGAAUCCGAUACUCGCUACACACGGAUUGACGUCUUACCAGUUGGGGAUAACUGCCUUGUUCGCUAAUGCCUGUUCAAGUAUUUCAAGAAUAGUCUGUGGUAUGAUUGUGGAUCAUACGCGACAUCGUAAUUAUGUUUUAAUGGCUUUAUCAUCAGCAACUAUGGGACUGGUGUUAAUGAUUUUCACAUUACCAAAAUACAAAGAAUAUGUAUUCAACGGAGAUACAAAUGAGAAUGGAGAAUUUUCAAUGUAUCUACGUCUUGUCACAGAGAACAUUUCUCAGAGUGAUUAUGUAACACCACUUCCAACUGACCAAUCAGAUGUAUCACCCUGUUGGCCAACUGCAUUAAUAGGAUGUAAAUUCGAUCGAAAUUCUAAUCUAACAAACGAUUACUACCAUUGGAAAACAUCAUCUCAGAAUAAACUAGCAGCAGUUUAUAUCGCAAAUCAAAACUACCCACAUAACAAGGUCGCACCAGAUGAUCAAGAAAUAAUUCAAACAAAUCGAACAAUUCAGCUUAUUUGUCAAGAUAUUGAAACAUUGAAUCAGUCUGAUUGUGCACACAUUGUCUGCGAACGUACACGUGAAGCACAAUGGACAACUGUAGUGUUCGCUUUAAUCCUCCGCUGCCUGAUGAAUUCAAUGCAUGCACCAAUUUCAAAUCUACUGGAUUCAGCGACUUAUUCAAUCCUUGGAACAAGUAAAGCUCAAUAUUAUGGAAAGUCUAGAGCAUUCGGUUCAUUCGGUUUUAUGAUUGGUUCCUUGUUAACUGGUUUUGUUGUCCAUCACUAUACUACAUCAAGCAGCCAUUUUCAUAUGAAUAAAAUGUCGUCUACAAGACUAUUAUACUCUACGACUACAACUCCUACUGCUACGAGUAAUUCAGGAGAUAUUCGUCCAGUGAAUCCUAAUUAUACACCAGCACUUGUCAUUGCCACAGUAUGCCAAGUGAUCGGGAUCAUUGCAUCAGCUUUCUGUAAUUACAGUUAUACAAAACCAGUUGAAAAACACUUUACAAGUGCUCUGACCACAGCGAUACGUUCACCGAGAAUGAUACAAUGCCUAAUGGUUGCCUUCAUGUCCGGUUUAAUUAUCUCAUUUAUUGGAGAGUAUAAUUAUUUAAUACUAACUACUAUCUACCAUGUACCGCAUUAUUUUCUUGGCCUAUUGACAACGACAUCGAUUGUUGUCGAGAUCCCGACGCUGUUGUUUAUUUCAGGUCCACUAGUGAAACGCUUCGGUAGUAUCCCGUGUCAGAUAAUCUCACAGAUUAUGUUGACUAUCCGAUUUCUAUGCUAUGCAUUCUCCAGUAAUUAUUGGUAUUUUCUUAUUGGUGAAAUUGCCUAUGGCAUCUACUUCCCUGUAUUAAUGAAUGCUUUAUUAUCACAAACGGAACAAGUGAGUUUAGAGACAAAAAUCAAUAAGAAUCAUGAUAUUCUAACAAGUUUACAAGCAAUUCUAACAAGUACAAUGUAUGGGAUAAGUAAUAGUUUAGGUGGACUGUUAUGGGGUUUAUUAUUACAAUACUUUGAAGCCACUUCAUUGUUUUAUGCAGCAUUCACGUAUACAUCGAUUUGUGCCUUGUUUUUCCCGCUUGUAGCGUAUUGUUUAAAAAUAGUGAAGUGUUAAAUGUUUCAAUAGAUGAAGCUCUCUCUCUCUGUACUUUUGAAUUGUCUUUCCUCCUUGUUUGUUUUGUUCCAUUCAGUAUUUUUCUUAUUUUUUGCCUUUGGAAUCAACCGAGUGUAAUACU